AUGCAGGCCGGGGGGCCGGACAGUGCAGCAAUUUCCGAGGCCCCGAGCAGUGGAAGCGAAGAGUCUGACUGUGAGCCGUGUCCGGAAGCCGACGCCGACACCGCUCUCACCGAAGAAUGGGCAAGGGAGCUGCUAAUCGGGGCGGGCGUGGUCUGCCCUCAAGAGGUCCGCGUGGAGUCCCGUGCGGGCGUUGCCGGAGCUCUGAGCAGGGUGCUCGCGGUCACGGUCCGUUACGAGAGCGACGGCGAGCGAGUGGCUUUGCCCCUCGUCGUGAAGCUACCACCACGGGAUCCCUUCGGGAGGCUGUUCGUGGCCGAGGCGCAGUUUGACACCCGAGAGAUACUCUUCUACACCGAGCUUGCGCCAGUCCUGAACCGGUUGGCGGCGGAGUAUUUCGGUCCAGGCGAGGGUCUGCCAAUACCUAAAUGCGUUAAGGCGAGAUUACCGGACGAAAUCGGUGGCGAUAGCGAGCUGGUUCUCGAAGAUGUCACUUCCAUCGGCUUCGAUUCGGCGGAUUUCGCCGAAGGGCUGACUGUGGAGCGCGCGAGAGCGGCGCUGUACGCAGCGGCGAGGCUGCACGCUUUGUCCCUGGCACUGCGAGAGCGGGAGGGCCCGCUCGACCAGAGAUUCGACUUUCUCUUCCCCUGCGAACGCGCCGCGGCCGGCUACUUGCGCCUAGUGCGACGCGGGCUGCCCCAGCUUGAGGCAUUCCUGCGGGGGCGCACUGACUGCAUCGAGGAGGCCGCUGCAGUGUCCGCCCUAAGUGCCCGAGCACCGUCCCUCCUAGGAACGUUACUCAGACCGGCGGAGCCAGCCCCGCUAGCCCACGCCGACUUCUGGAGCGGCAACCUCCUAUUCAGGGAGAAGGAUGGCUUGAGCGAAUGCGUAGCGCUCGACUGGCAAAUGGUCUCCUUGGGCAGGCCGAUGGACGAUGUCGCUCUGUUGCUGCUCUCGUCUCUCACGCCGGAAAUGAGGCGGGCGGUUGGAGAUUCGCUAAUAGAGGAUUAUGGCGAUCGUUUGGAGGCUGAAUGCGCGAGAUUGGGCGCGGCUACAUCGGGGGCCAUAGUCAGGAAAGGAUUGAAGCCCGACUGGCCCCGAGCGGCACUUAGAGCGCUUUUGUUGUGCGCUGGUAGCGUGGAUGUAGCUCUUGGGGAACCCAGGGCCGAAAGACGCCUGCUGGAAGCGGUGAAAGAUUUACACGGCCAGGGCGUCCUAUCGCUAAAACCCGAUACCGAC